AUACAUAUACAUAUACAUAUACAUAUACAUAUACAUAUACAUAUACAUAUACAUAUACAUAUACAUAUACAUAUACACACACAUACACAUACACAUAUAAUAGUUAUGAUUGGUAUUGGAGAUUGGAUUCAGGUGUAAAGUUGGACUGUGAUAUCACAUACGAUCCUUUCCUUUAUAUGGAAACAUAUAAUAAGCAAUAUGGAUUUGUAAUGACUUUGAAGGAAUAUCAAGAUACAAGAAGAAUCUCUACUUUAUGGAAUAGUGUCCUUGAUUAUCUAAAAACGCGUCAUAUAAAUGUAACAAGCAAUAAGCAUCAUCAUCAUCAUCAUCACCAUCUUGCAUUUCCUUAUUUCCUUGACGAGGAAGGUAAUUAUAACGCAUGUUAUUUUUCAUCUCAUAUUGAAAUAGCCUCUUUAAAUCUUUGGAGAAGUCCUCAAUAUCGUGAUUUCUUUCGUUAUCUUGAUCAAACUGGUAAUUUCUUUUAUGAAAGAUGGGAGGAUGCUCCUGUCCAUUCAAUAGCAGCUGGUCUUUUCCUUGAUACAAAUCAAAUUCAUUAUUUUGAAGACAUUGGAUACCAAUAUCAUCUCUAUCGUCACUGUCCAACAAAAGAGAGUAAAUUAGGUUGUCGUUGUCAAUGUUCUGAAGAAGCGACCAUGAUGGAUCAUGAUCAGAAUUCGAAGACGUGUUUAACCAUGUGGCAGGAAUGGAUAAAGACAGAUAAAUCUCGUAAAGCAGAAUGGAAUUUUAGUUAUUUAGAAGAUUAUAUACCUUUAUAAAUAGAUAUAUUUCACUUGUAUAAUUCUUAUAUAUAUAUAAAAAAAAAGGUCAUAAACCAUAUUACAAAUCAUGAAU